AUCGACGUGAGCAAGACGCUAAUAAGUCAGUCUUAUUAUUUCUUAUCCAGUUUGAAAUAUUUACGUCGUAUAAAAUACAUCUUUGAUUCUUUAUUUAAGGAUAAAGUCGUCUCGAUGCGCUAGAAGCACUGUGCCGCUUUCCUGCUAUAUUUGCUUGUUAGUUAGCUUAGCUCGCUAGUUAGCUUAGCUUGUUAACUGCUAACAGAAGUUAUCAACACAUCUCUGAGUAGAGAUCAAGUGUGAGAGUAAAGUGUUGUGAUUGUGUGAAAAUGUCUACAUUACAAAUGUUGAGAGCGUUGGUGGAUCAGCGACUAACUGCUGCCGUUGAAGAAAUAUUUGUAGUGUUAGAAAGAACGAUAGCAGAAUACGAGGCGGAACUUUCUAGAACAAAACAGGAGAAUAAUCGACUACUGGACGCUGUUUUCAAGAAACAUCAAGUUGUGUUACACAGAACAGACGUCCAGCGGGUGUCAGCGGGGAGUCAUGAAGAGAUUCCCUCCGGGCAGCAGGAGUGGCACACCAGUGUGGGACAGAAGGAGCUACAGGCCCCCUCUCACAUUAAAGAGGGGCAGCUUCAUGAUGAAGAUGAAGCUCAGUCCUUACAGCUUCAUCACAGUCAAAGUGAGGAGAAUCGAGGGGCGGAGCUUGUAAGUCAACACAUCACAGAAGCUGAUGGAGAGCAUUGUGAAGAUACAAAGUCAGAACCAGACAGCAUCUUUGCUCCACUGUCAGACAUGGACGACAUGAUGUCAGACUCUUCUGAUCACAGCGACCACAUCCAAAAACCUUUGGAGAGUAAAAAAAAUUCUAAAGGUGAUACGAGGCAUCACACUAACAACAAACACUUUGACUGCUCUGAAUGUGGGAAAUCAUUUAGACGGAAGACUAAUUUUACACAACACAUGAGAAUACAUACCGGAGAGAAACCUUUUAUUUGCUCUGUUUGUAAGAAGAGUUUCUCCUCAAAGCUGAACAUGACCAGACACAUGACAACGCACACUGGAGAGAAACCUUUUAGUUGCUCAGCUUGUAAGAAGAGUUUCUCAAGAAAGCAUUACCUGACCAGACACAUGAUAAUACAUACUGGAGAGAAACCUUUUCCUUGCUCUGUUUGUAAGAAGAGUUUCUCCAGAAAGGUUGACAUUACCCCACACAUGAGAACACAUACUGGAGAGAAACCUUUUAAUUGCUCUGUUUGUAAGAAGCGUUUUUCCAGAAAGCGCAACAUGACCACACACAUGACAACACACACUGGAGAAAAACCUUUUCUGUGCUCAGUGUGUCCCAAAAGAUUCUCCAUAAAUCAGCGAAUGAUAAGACACAUGAGAACACACACUGGAGAGAAACCUUUUCCGUGCUCAGUGUGUCCCAAAAGAUUCUCCUUAAAUCAUCAUAUGAUAAGACACAUGAGAACACACACUGGAGAGAAACCUUUUACUCGCUCAGCUUUUGCUAAAAGAUCCAUCACUAAGAAGGGAAUUAUAUUACACAUGAGAACACACACAGGUGAGAAACCGUUUAGUUGCACUGUAUGUGAUAAAGGGUUCAAGUUUAAGUAUCAGGUCAGUAGACACAAGUGUGCAACAGUCAUGGAAGCUGCAGGGAUUUAAAAACACUUAAACAUUGAUUGUGCUAAAUGUAGUUUAAAAACACAGCAUGUUUAAUAUGAAUGUAUAUUUGAUGUUGUAUGUAGUGCUUCUCAUCUUCUAGUCUUAUAUGUUGUCCUGGAAUUACUUUUCAAGUUGUGUACAUUUAUUGAAUAUUAUAUAUGUUGCUACUAUUUUAUUCUAUUUUCUCAUCUUUGAAGAGAGGACAUCUUAUUAUUUUCAUUAUUUUUUUUUCACAUAUUUUUUCCAUUGCAUUUUAUUGAUGUUCUUAUCCAAUUAGAAGUAUGAAUGAAUAAAAUUGUUAACAAAUUGCGGACUCUGGUAAAUUAGCAGCAUUGUUACAUCAUGGAUGUUAACUACUGCAAAACAUCAACAAAGAAGAAAAAGGCUGAAGUUAGCAACACAUCACUGAACUUUAGAGCCAUCGUGAGUGGAGUUGCUUGUUUUUAUUGCUGCA